UGAAGCAAUUCUGAACGCUCAUGAAAGCGAAGCAAGUCUAAACCCCCAUAAAAGUGAAGCAAGUCUGAAUGCCUAUAAAAGUGAAGCAAGUCUAAACUCCUAUGAAAGUAAAACAAAUCUGAACCUCUAUGAAAGUGAAGCAAAUUUGAACAUCUGUAAAAGUAAUGCAAAUUCAAAUUCCUGUGAAAGUGAAGAAAAUCUGAAUCCCUGUAAAAGUAAAGCAAAUCUAAAUUCCUGUGAAAGUGAAGCAAAUAAGAACCUUCCUGAAAGCAAAA